GUGCCAACGGACAGACAAAGGUGCCGACAUCCGUCAACGUUUCCCGCGAAGCACACAAGGUCAAAAAUUACAGCAACACAAUGACACAUAAAGGCCCGCCUUAGUCUCUCCCCUCCUUUCCCUUCUUCUCCGCGAGAAUGUUCCCCCAGCACAAGAUGGCGGGUUCAGGGAUACGUUUCGCUCUCAGCGCACGAGGCGGCCACAUCUCAAUCCGUUUGCUCUUCUCUUACGCCUUUGACUGGCUGUUUCUCAUCGUCGUCGCUGCCAUCGCUGCCUUGCUCGGGCGGAUCGAGCCUAAAAAACGGCCAUUCUCCCUCGUCGACCCCGACAUCUCAUUUCCUUUCACAGAGCACGAGACCGUUCCUUCCUUCUUACUGCUCAUCCUCUGCGCCGUGGUCCCAAUUUGCAUCAUUGCCUAUCGUCUCCAUCAUCUUCGUGCCUGGCCCAACCGUGCCCAAAGACACUCCCAAGACAUUGAUAUGGAAGCUAAAGCUCUGGGAGCUCCACGUGGGUUGGCUGGGUCUUGCGUUAGCUCUUGUGUCAGCAUGGUUCUUCACUGAGGGUAUGAAAAACAUGUACGGCAAGCCUCGCCCUGACUUGCUCUCGCGAUGCGAACCCGACACCGAGAACGCCCAAAAAUACGUCGUUGGAGGGUUUGCCGGCGAAAGCAUGAACGGCCACCUGUUCUCGGUAGGGUUGCCUCGAGGUAAAUUACUAGGAGGUAAAUUACUAAAACCCCUAGGUAAAUGACGGUCAUAAACUCGACGUUUAUGACCGUCAUUUAUCACGUGCUUCCAAGCACUAUUUGGUGACUACGGAAA